GAAUUCCUGACUUACGCAUACUAUUUCUGAGAUUCUGAGAUUCAUAUUCCUUUUUGUUUUUUCGUUCAAUCCGUGACAAUGACCAUCCAUCCACUGUCGAAGAUCACUCCAAGCAGUGAAUGUUGGAGGAUCAUGGUUCGUGUCGUGCGAUUGUAUACUUUACCCGCUUAUAAUGAUGAGAGGACUACAAAUUCCAUUGAAAUGGUGUUCAUGGAUGAACAUGGAACUACGAUGCAUGCCACUGUCCGGAGAAGUUUGGUUGGAACUUUUGAGAAGCGAAUAAAGGAAGGGUAUGUGUAUGUCUUUGCCUAUUUUGGCAUCGGCAUUAGUAGUGGAAAUUAUCGGACCUCUCGACAUGAGUUCUGGCUGAAUUUCCAACCAAGAACCACUGUAACUGCAUGUAGCUUGGAUGAGGACUUUCUUAAACUUACUAAGGCUGCAACAAUAGAUACAUUGAAAGAUUGUAUUGAGGACGGUGAAUAUGCAGUAUACGGUACGAUCAAGGAUGUUGAUUCUGAUUGGUGUAUAACAGUGUGUAGGUGUGGGUCCGAAGUGGUCCCACGCGGUGGAUCCUACUAUUGUAAUGAGUGUAAGAGACGAGUGAUGAAUCUGAUCCCAAGGUAUCGAAUCAAGACAAGAGUUGUCGACACCACGGACAGUGCUACUUUCGUAGUACUUGAAAGCGUUGCAUGCUUGCUCCUCCAUAAAUCAUGUUCGGAGAUGUUGAAAUAUUCUGAGAAUCUGCCGAGUGGAGACAUAAAACCCGAUGUCUUUAAUAAACUCUUGAUAGAUAAGUCGUAUCUUUUUAAAGUUGAUGUUAGGCGUUCUCAGUUCAAUGACUUUGAUCCUACCUAUAAUGUCAUUGACAUUUGUUUUGAUGAAAGAACAAUCUCGCGAUUCAAGGAAAGGCAUGCAACAUUUUUCUCCGUCCAGAAUUUGAUUGAAGAUUUUGUGCAAUCAAAGGAUAAUCAGUUUGAACGACUAGGAGAUGAUAUCACCGACUCUAAUAUUGGCAAAAGAAUCGAAGAGUUUGAAUCUGACUAUGCAGACGAUCAUGAACCGAGCAAGAAGAUGAAGACCAUUAAGAUUGAGAAAAUUUAAGACUAGAAGUAUUAAUUAGAUGGAGUACUAUUCAGUUUUUGGGAUUAGAUUUACGUGUUAGACAUUUUUUAAUUUAUCAUUUUUGAUGACUUUGGUGUUUGAAAUUAAAACUUUGAAAUUUUCAUUCAUUUUGUUUUUUUAAAUAAGAUUGCAUGUUUGAAUAAUUUAUACUCAGUUCAAUGUCAUUACACUCAUAUUUUAUACUUUGACCUGUUAUAUAGUUCAUAAUAUUCAUUAAUGUUCACUCAUAUUCUAUACUUUGACGGAGUAUAUUAUUAUAUUGAAUAAAUCAUUCAAUAUAAGUAUAUCUUAAAGAAAUUACUAAUGGAGGU